AUUGCUUCGCUUACUCAGAUCUUUCGUACUUAAUUAUUAAUUAUUAAUUAUAAUAAUUAAUAUAUAUAUUUAAUUAUAAUUUUUCAAAUUUAUUUUUGUGCGCAUUUUGUUUGAAUUUUUGCACGAAUUUGAUAUUUUGUUAAUUUAUUUGUUUAUUUAUUUAAAUUAGUGUUUGUCAGUGGGUUGUUACAAAUAACGAAUGCAGUUUGCCGAAUUGCCGGGUGGAUGGGAAUUUUGUGUGUUGCACGCGUGAGGAUAUAAAUAAAUAAAUAAAUAAAGUUUGUUGUGUGAAUGUGAAUUUAGCUCGGGGGUGUGUUGCCAGAGCGUGUGUGAAUGAUAAAUGGAGACGCGAGUGUGCGCUACCGGUAGCACGGUGUCCGGUGGUACCGAAACGCCGUCGAGAGGCGUCGCGACGCCCUCACCUGUGCCCUCACUACCCUCCUUGCCGGCUUCCACCGGGAUCACCGCGACCACGUCCUCCGCGAGCGUGGGUAUCGCGGCUUCCGCGGUUUUGACUUCCGCAGCUUCUAUGCAAAGCUCCUCCAGUCCAGUGGUAUUACCAAGUCCACCGAUUGUUUCUUCUCACGCCAGCCUUCCGAAAAUACUCAGCAGAAACGUCAAUGGAACACUCGUCCAGACAUCUGUCCCACAAAAUGAAGCCGAGCUCCAACUUUAUCGUGUUAUGCAACGUGCUUCUCUUUUAGGAUAUUAUGAUACGCUUUUAGAAAUGGGUGGGGAUGAUGUGCAGCAGCUCUGUGAUGCCGGCGAAGAAGAAUUUUUAGAAAUAAUGGCGUUAGUCGGCAUGGCAAGUAAGCCUCUGCAUGUCAGAAGACUGCAAAAAGCAUUGCAAGAAUGGAUAACUAAUCCUUCAUUAUUUCAAACUCCAGUAGUACCGUCAAACACCGCGGCAGCUAAAAGUAGUUCUACUAGCGUACCAAUAGCAGCCGCGAGCCCACGAACCCAUCAAACAAAUUCCUCAAUAUUUCCGCUUGCACAAACAAGCCCGACAACACCCUUUUCAUCAACAACCCACGUGCCUCUUACACCGUUGCCUUGUAGAAGUGUCAGUCCUGUUACGCCGGUAACGACUGUCAUUGCACCUGCCGCAUCAACUUUUCGACACAGUCCGAGUCCUAAUACACCACUUGCUUACACCGGAUCUCACAGUCCUGGUGUCCUUCAAGUCGGAACAUGCGAAUCAUCAUGCGGAAGUGGUACGACACCGAGUCCAAGUGGUGGCGGUGGUGCACCACCAAGUCCUACCCAAGUUACACCGACAUUAUUGCCGUCGCAGGUGCAACGUCUUGCUGACGCAGCUGAAAGACUUGCGUGUAAUCUACGACCGCUAGACCCUAAGCCCCAUAAUGUUAAGAAAAAAAUUUGUAAAAAUCUCGAGCAGAUAGUUAUGGCGAUGCCGGACAACGAUCCCAGGAGGAUGGACGAAAUAAGAAAAUACGCGGCUAUUUAUGGGAGAUUUGAUUGCAAAAGAAAACCUGAAAAACCUUUGACGCUACACGAGGUAUCUGUUAAUGAAGCUGCUGCACAAAUUUGUCGGUUUGUUCCAGCUCUGUUGACGAGACGUGACGAAUUAUUUCCACUAGCUAGACGCGUCGUACGCGACUCCGGUUAUCAUUACUCUAAAAGUCAAUUUUUAAUGACAAGACGCGGGGAAAAUGGUGACGAAGAGACUGACAAAAGUAAACGACAGCAUCUUGACGCAGAUGCUGAGGGUGAGGACACGUCCCAGGCCGAGUUGGAUUUACGCUGUACCGGGUCGGAUAUCAACAAUACGUUAAGGAGACAUGUCUCAUCAAGUCCAGUUUGGAGGAAGAAGAGUAACAACGGUGGGUUUAUUACGAAUAUCGAAGAAGUCAGCGACACUGACAGCCAGUUUUCCUUUUCUAAUGAUGAAUCUUUACACGAUAUUAAUGAAUUGGAAACCGACAAUACUGAUAAGGAAAGUGAUUUUAAUUUAAAAGUAAUUGCUUCGCGAGGAGACAAUAUUAUUGCUGUUGCAAAUCCAGCAUUAAUGGAGUGCAAUCAUCCAACAAUAAAAAAAGAACCCGAAGACGAGAAGUCAAUAUUGUGAUACUAGAAUUUAUAAAAUACUCCAAGGAUUCUCUAUCAUUUAAAAUUAUUUUUCUCUAUUCUAGCUAUAAAACAAUCAAAAUUAAAAAAAAUUUUUUUUUUCAAGCUAAAGUAACCCUAGUUAAUUAUUGUUAAAGAAAAUUUAAUUAAUAAGAUGUGGUGGUUGUGGGUGGUCGCCUUGUGCGCAUUCACCAUAAUGAUUGCCAUGGUUGUGGCAAUUAUCGAGUACUUUGUCCUGAACCAUCAACUCUCCGAGUUGGUGUAAAUUUGUCACUUAAUUGAGGAAAAGAAAAAAAAAUUGACUGUAGUGAAAUGAGUAACUAUUGUGUUGAGUUUAAAAUAAAAAUUGACAAUGUAGGGCCAAGCAAUAUGUAAAUAUACUGAAAAAAAUUGUUUUUGUUCAAUCAUUGUGUCGCUAUUAAAAAAUUAUUAUUGUUUUUUUGUUUAUUACUGAAGAAAUGUCUUCCAAAUAAUUUAUUAUGCCUUAAAAAUUAU